GAUGAAAGUAUUCAUUAUUACUUAUUAUUAUUAAGUGGCAGAUGGGCAAUUAAUUAUUAUUUUAAAGUAUAGCCUACUCAUUAUUAUUAUAAUCUGUGUAUGUGCCUGUGUGGUUUUUUUCUUUCCGUUCAGUGUUCUGGGUUCACACGCAUACCAGACCACAUAACACAACAAGGAAGAAGCACAUUCACGACCGAGUCUUACAGGCAUUCAUCACCAAAAAGAUGAACAUUUCCUGCAAAAAUGUCUACACGGUGCUACACAGCACGGAGAAGGUGGCCAUUGGCACGAUCUGUCUGGUGAUCGCACCGCUCAGCCUCAUGGUCAAUGUGCUCGUCCUGUUUGUCAUUGCCUCCUCUAGGAACCUGCGGAGACAUCCGUCGUACCUGUUCAUGGGCAGCUUGGCAUUGGCUGACACCAUCGCAUGCUGCUUUUUCACCAUCCACUUCCUGGAUUUCCACCUUUCUAAACCGGACAACUCGUUUCUGAAAACAGAGUACCUGCUUGAGCUGGGUGGCGUGACCAUGGCGUUCACAGGAUCGGUUGGAAGUCUGCUCGUGAUGGCAGCUGACCGCUAUCACGCCAUCUACAAGGCUUCCACCUACAAGGUCCUGCUAACGCGUAAAAGAGCCCUGGUGGGUAUUGUGACAUUAUGGUUCGUGGCUGCCCUCAUUUCCUUCCUUCCUCUGAUGGGCUGGAGCUGUCAGACUUGUCUAUCAUGCUCCCAUCUGUUUCCGUAUGUGGACCGCUACUACCUGGCCUUCUUUGCCAGUCUGGUGUCGAUGGUGAUCGUCCUCAUACUGCUCGCCUAUGCUCUGAUAGUGUGGUGGGCCCACAAACACGAAGCCAAAAUGUCAGCUGAACAUCCAGAGCUAGCACGUAUGCGUGUGGACAUCCAUUUGGCAAAGACUUUUGGCGGCGUUAUGUUGAUUCUGUUAGUGUGUUGGCUGCCUGUGCUCUCCUUCAUGAUGACAGAUGUAGUUACGACAAAGCUUUCAAAACCACAGAAAAGGGCAUUCGCCUUCUGCAGUACACUAUGUCUGCUGAACUCCGGCAUCAACCCAUUGCUAUACACCCUGCGCUGUCGCGAGCUACGCGUAGAGCUUAAAUCACUGGUAGACGGUUUGAGGAGAUGCAAAGCUUGUAGUAGCUAAUACUAAUGUGUGGCAAUUAACAUCUGGUUAAUGAACAGAAGUGUUAGCUCCUCCUAGUGUUGGUUUCUAAACCACAACAGCGUUGUCAAUUAAUACACAGUCUUUUAUUUUCACUUAUCAUUUCUUAAAUUUUGAUGAAAUAUUGUGUAAAAUGUAAUAUAAUGUCCACUGUAUAUUCAGUUUUGUGUACUUUUACAUUUAAUAUGUAAAAAUGUUUACAUUUUAUAGAAUAAAAAAGUGACAUUGUGAGACAUACACAGGUGAUUAUUGUGGGAUAUAAUAUCUCAAUAAUGACAAAUGAAAUUAUUGCUAAAGAUUUUUUUUACAACCAUUCACAAGUUUGGAGGUGGUAAGACUUUUAAAUGUUUUUGAAAAGUCCAAUUUAUUUGAUUAAAAAUACUGUAAAAACAGUAUUAUUACAAUUUAAAAUAACAGUUUAAAAUGUUCUUUGUUGAAAUAUUUUAAAAUGUAUUCAGCCGUUUGAUCACAUAAACAAGAAACGUUUCUUAUUUUUAUCAGUGUUGAAAAAAUUCUGCUGCUUAAUUGUUUUGCUUAACCAUGAUGCAUUUAUUUUUCAGGAUUUUUGAUAAACAGCAUUUAUUUGACAUCUUUUGUUUCUUUAAAAACAACUUUACUGGUUAUUUACAAAAUUCUACUCAUUUAUUGUUAUGGAUGUUUAAAAAAAUGUGAAGGUCGUAUUGAUUUUCACAUAUGCCGUGUAUGUUUAUUCAUUAUUAUACAAAAUAAUUUUUUAAGGUUGAAUAAAAUCAUGAAAUUUGACAUGCUUUCAUCUUUCAUUGCUUAGAUGAACUUUAUAAGAUUAUAAGCUACUAUAACUACACACAGCCUCACGCAUCUUGAUGAAUUUUGGCAUUUGAACCUAAGAUUUCAAAUAUACCUAUUCAAACAAACUCAAAAUGUCACAGACUGGGAGCAAAAAGAGUAGCGGUAUUAUAUGAUAAUGGAGUUUAGACUGAAAUUGUGUUUGUUUGGGUGGAGAAAAAAAAAUCAUGUUUCUCUAAUGUUCCACCAUCAAAUGUCAAAGGUAGCAUUGUGGACGCCGAGGGCAACACAAUACUUUAUUGUAAUUCAAAUGGAAGUUUUAUCAAUAAAAGCAAGUGCUUGGG